UUGGAAGAGGAGAAAGAGGAGACUUGUCUACUCUGAGUUUCCCAUGUAGUCGGGAAUCAGUCGCUAGAGGGUUUAUUUACGUGUUCCAUUCAACCCUGAUCCACUUUUUUCUUGCACGGAUACGAUUUCCUUGGAAAGUUUAAAUUUUUUCUUUGUUUUUUUUUUGUUUGUUUUCGGAUCAAUUGUCAUUGCUAUAGUGCGCCGCGCGUCAUAUUCAGGAUGAGCACCAGUGAGGGUUUGUUUUUGUCGGCUUUGCAGCCACACACAGCCGUGAGCACGUACGCUGUACCGAAUGAUCGCGAGCUCACCGCGGACCGGCAGCCCAGGGAGAAGCGCGUGCAGCAGCAGGUCCAACAAAGGCUUGCGGAAAAAGCGUCAUCAGAGUAUAGUGGCAUAUCCAUGAAGAGGUACAGCAGCCAGGGGACUGGAAUCAACUCUAAGACAGUUGUGUUCAAUGGCAGCAGAACAACAAAUCCACGAUUGCAUCAGGGUACUGGAGCGUUCAGCUCACGCUCAGCUGUGGAAAUGGGCACACAGCGCAAGGUCAGCCUUGGCACACCCAUGCCCGCUGUUGUGGGCAAUCCGUACAGAUAUUAUGAUGGCUCCUACAAUGGAGGGCAUCAUAUUGGCCAGGUAAAUCCAGUGGAGCAGGAAGUGAUGCAAGGGCAGCCUUCUCCCAGUGGCAACUGGGUAACUCAGGAGGGUAUGACCUCCUCAGAGCAUCGCUCCUACUAUGGUCAUAGUCCAUUGCCCAGUGUGUCACCUAUGAGACGGAGUCUCAGUGGUACGCUGGUGCAUGAUGCUCCAGGUAGAGGAUGGAAGGAGGCAGAGCUUGCUCAUCAGUAUUCUUCCAAAGGCCCAGCCCACCGCACCCUGAUGCGCAUGAAUAAUCGGCAGACGCAGCAGCAGAGGAUGGGCAGCAACACUAUUCAGUGGCAGCAAGCAUCCGCUGGAGGCAGCACCAUGAUGGCCGGAGGGCAGUAUCCUGGUAUGAUACGGCGAACAGGAUCAGUGCACAGCCUGAAGAGCGUUGGCCGAGGGAUGGAUGUUUGUGAUGCAUUGGCCAGUGGCAGGGACAUUUCUGGAGGAAUUCACAGCCUUGACAUGACGUCUGCAGUCAGUUAUCUCAGCUCAGCAGAUGUUGCAAUGCACAUGCUUGGAGCCGCCUACAUUCAGCAUCAGUGUUACCAUAGCAAUGAUGCCAAGGACCUGGUACGAAAUCUGAAGGGGAUCCCUGCACUGGUGCAGCUAUACUGCAGUGAAAACCAAGAAGUGCAACGGUACGCUACGGGAGCCACACGCAACCUCAUCUACGAGAACAUGGACAACAAAGCAGCGCUGAUCGAGGCUGGCGGUAUCAGCAAACUGGUUUCUGCAUUGAGAGAGCCAGAUGAUGAACUUCGCAAGAAUGUUACAGGUAUUUUGUGGAACCUGUCGUCUAAGGACAGUUUAAAGGAGAAGUUAGCGAGGGAGAGUCUAGCCGAGCUGACAGAGCGAGUGCUGAUUCCUCUCUCAGGAGGUGGAGAGUCUGCUGUUAUUCAGCAGAGCCAGUCUGAAAUGGACAUAUUCUACAACACUACAGGCUGUCUUAGAAACCUGAGCUCAGUGAAUGGAAGGACCAGGCAGCAGAUGAGAGACACUCGUUGCCUUGUGGACUCUCUCAUAGGAUACAUACAGAGCUCUCUGCAGGAGGGCAAGGCUGAGGACAAGGGUGUAGAGAACUGUGUGUGUGUCCUGAGAAACUUGUCUUUCCAGCUGUACUCUGAGAUCCCCACAUCAGUGCAACACCGUUUGGAGGGUCCGACACGAGCUCAGGACACACAUCGCAGAGAUGCCAUCGGCUGCUUCACGCCACAGAGCAAAAAGACAAAGGAUAAAAGAAACCAUGAGCUGUCGACAUUGUCUGAGGUAGCUCGAGUACCAAAGGGGGCUGAGUGGCUUUGGCAUCCUCAGAUAGUUGGGUUGUAUAAUCAAGUGCUGCAAAAUUGUGAGAUGAACAACGCUACACGUGAGGCUGCAGCUGGGGCCUUACAGAACAUCACUGCAGGGGACGGCCGGUGGGCAUCAGUGUUGAGUCGUGUAGCUCUGGAACAGGAGCGAAUGCUACCUGUGAUUCUGGAUCAGUUGAGAACUCCGACCGAAGCCGAGCUGCGUUCUCUCACCGGCCUGUUGAGGAAUCUGUCCCGGCACUCCAAGGACAAGGCAGAUAUGGCUACAAAAGUGGUGAAUAUCCUGGUGCCCAAGCUGCCUAGUGAUGGCCAUCAGAAAGAGCCAUCUAGCGAUGUAGUGGUCAACAUCUGUGGCAUUCUCAAUAACCUGGUCAUGGCAAGUUCACUGGCUGCAAGAGAUGUGACUUACUUUGAUGGAGUGCCCAAACUGGUUGGAAUCAAAACGUCUCAUGACAACAGUCCAGGGAAGGUGAAAGCAGCUAAGGCCGCCUCCACAGUUCUGUGUAACAUGUUUCAGUACAGCAAGCUGCAUAAAAACUACAAGCAGAAGGGGUUCACGAAAAGAGACUUCACUGAAACAUUCUAAUUUGGUCAUGCUGAGAAAUACUGAGUGUCUGGACCUGUCGUGAAACUUCACACGAGAAACGGCGUUCACCAUGAAGGAAGGCUUUUUGAGGACGUGCUUCUAAUCUCUGGACUGAGCUUGAGUGCUUUUUGUUUUGGUUCCUUUUUCCUCCCAAGUUUGCUUGCUGUGGAUUUUUGAGAAUGUGCCUCUUUUUCCAAUGAAGUGAGAUAAAACUGGAUGGAUAUUUUGGAUUAGCUCCAUUCCAUAUAAGGAAUAAUGCACCAUAUUCCUCAAUGUAAGGAAUAAUGAACACUUUGGACUUUUUUCUGCACACUUAAUUCAGCAACACAAACACACACACACACACACACACACACACACACACACACACACACACACACGAUCAUGAUGACGAAACUGACCAGGAAAAGAAUUGUCAUUCUAUGUCCAGUAGUUUUUAGUGUGUUUAAGUGUGAUUGGAUGUGUUAAUGCUUUAUAUGUGUCGGACUCACAGUGUUGAAAUAUGCUAGAAGUUUUCCUCUGCUAUCUAUCAUGAGCAAUUUCAAUUGUUUUGGUUCACAUUAUUUUUACAAUUUUUAGCGUAUUAUAAUAAAAAGAAACCCAGUAAAUUCAUAUUUGUUUUUUGGACAAUAAGAAAGAUUCUAGCAUGUUGAACUAGGACUGAAUCUCACUUGUGCCGUUGCGAAAUACAAGAGAAAAAUGUGUCUCAUUGGGGAUGGGAUUUUAUGCAACUUCCACUCUAGCUUUCCCUUGUUAAGUGACACAUCUUUGACCACAUGAUUAACAUUUUCUUCCACGUAUGUUGAGGUGCUUAGCAGUAUUGUGUAUAGAGUUAAAAAAAAGAAAGAAAGAAGGAUGUGGUGCCUAGUACAGUCAUGCACUUUCAAAGAUUUGGACUCGGAUUUGAAACAAAAGAAAUGGUAUCUUAAAUCAAGUUUAUUUGCUUCUAAUGCUUGAUUUACUGCUGUUACUUUUUUCUGUAUCACUCAAGCUACAAGCUUUGCUGUUUUAUGUUUAUUAAUCUAAGAGAUUUGAGUGUUUAUGUACUUUUGUUAUUGAAGGGUUACAGAUUACCGUGAGAAAUUACUGUUAGUGUAGCAUCUCUAGCAGAACAGAUUGAUUUAAAUAAUGAAAUGAAGUGUUACAUGAGAGAAUCUAACAGUACCUCGACCUUGAUGUUUAUCUUAACACAUUAACCAAAAAAAUUGCCAAUUUAAAAAUUACACUGUUGUUUUUAGACGUCUAUAAUUAACAUAAUGAUCAUCUCAUAUAUAGAUAACUGAACAAAUGAAUCCAUACUACAUUAGUCCUCCUAAUAAAGUCUACUUUUGUUAGUGUUUACGAAAAUUCUUUUAGCAUAUUUCCAUCUUUUUUUUAAAACUUUACAAUGGUUUCUCUCACUCUCUCUCUGGCGUCCAUCUGUGUAUCAGGAGCACAUUGUUCCGGUUGAUAUUUUCCAAACACGUGCGAGGAUUUAAAAGGUUGAUAGGAUACACAUUUCUCUCACUAGGCAGUGACUAGACAGAUUGCCCUCUACACAGUCUGUCUUCUGUAUGGGUGCAAAUGGUAAUAGCUGUAUGAAAGGGGGUGUUUUGGAAAAACUGGGAAAUAACAGAGGACUGAGAGAUGUAAAAAGAACAGAUCAAAAACAGAUGUCAGGAAGCUGAUGGACUUUAGCCAAAAAUGCUGACCUUGGGGUUUGGCUUGACCUUAUCUCAAAUGCUUAUUAUUAUCUUCUCACUGUGCAGGCCAUUGAGAGAGAAUUAGGGAUAGAAAGAGAAAAGAAAAAGGGAGUUACAUAGUGAGAUAAAUGAAUGUCAAAGAGUG